AUGAAUAGUUUAUAAUUGAUUGAAUUUUGCAAUAGAGUUUUUGAAAAAUAUGAUAAAAAUAAAUCUGGAUUUAUUGAAAUAGAUGAAUUAACUACACUUUUGAAUAACCUAGCCAAAGAAAUCAAUUCUUAGGUUUUCCUAAUAUAUAUUAUUAGUUACCAACAUAAAAAGAGAUAGACUAUAUUGUUAACUAUUUAGAUACUAAUAAUGACAAUAGAAUUAGCAGAAAUGAAUUUUAGAAAUUAGGAAAAUUAAUGGUGAAAGUUCUAGGGAAUGCUUGA